CAUGAUGACCAGCGCCACUGCUCCACUACAACUUUGGAUUUAUGACUUUUUCACUGUGGAUUUAACUUUUUAACAAUCCGGGUUUUUUCUUUUUACUUUUUAUUUUUGUCAUUCUACGUCAAUCCUAAAAGGCUAAUAUGGACAUUUGGUAAAAAUCCCCCCCCCCCCCCCUCCUAAACAUCCAACACUACAGACGCCAGAAGCAUGUUGAUCACAAAGAUUGAAGCUAAGGAGGCCUGUGAUUGGCUGCGAGCGGCCGGCUUCCCCCAGUAUGUGCAAUUAUUCAAAGAUCGCAGGUUCCCCAUCGACGUCGAGUGGGCGAAGCGUGAUCACGACUUCUUGGAUAAGGACGCCCUCGAUUCGCUCUGCAGGAGAUUAAGCACUUUAAACAAAUGUGUGGAAAUGAGGCUGGAGCCGCGGAGAUCAAAACACCGGGGAGUCGACCUAGGCGAGGAAGACUUCUGCGCCAUCAGCCCCAGCUGGACGUACGACAGGCGGACGCGACGAUGGCGACGUCUCGACUCCACCAUGGACUUCCUCCGCCUGUCUGACAGCCCUCCUACACCUCAGGACGUUUCCCUGUGUGACGUCAGCGACCACCACGACGCCUCCUCCAUCCACAGCUCCAGCAGCACUGAGAGCGAAGGCCACGACGGACGGCAGAAGACUCGUAGAGAACCAACCGCUGCAGCCACCACCGCCAACGCCGCCGCCACCGACCACGAAACCAGCAGGAGCUCCUCACGCUGCUCCUCCUCAAACAAAACUCAGUCCCUGGAUACUUCAUUAAGCGGACCUCCGUCUCCCAGCGGUGGAAGCGGUGGAGGAUCGUCCACUAUGAGUCUGGAGGCUGAAGGAUGCUUCCCGGAUAAACCUCCCAGGAAAAAGGGAACCAGCCUGCUGAGGAAGAUGGAGAAGCUGAGGCUGAGAGGAACGAGCGGCCUCCACCUCUCCGCUGGCAGCAGUGGGGGGAGUCGAGCUCGGCAGGUUAUCAGCAGGCCUGUUCUGAUCCAGGAAGGAACAACGGAGGAGGAGAAGAUGGAGAGGCUGCACUGCCCAUCAAGUCUGCAGGGCGGCUCCAGCAGCCGAGCGUCUUCAUCACCUUCGUCUCCUCACACCAUCAGCAGCAGCAGCAGCAGUAACAGCCAAUCAGAGAGCAGCAGCACCGUCAGCACGCCGAGCCCAGUCACGCGGGUCAGAAGCAACUGCAAGCGCUCCAACAGCGGCGUCGGGGUCGGCGGGGGAACGAUGACGCGGAACCAACAGAACCAACAGAACCAACAGAACCACACGGGAACAGAGGACUACAGAAACCAGAUCAACAACAACAACAACAGCAGCCACGAGAGUCUCGUCUUCCAAAUCCCCCACGGACACAAACCGGGGACCUUCCCCACCUCCCUCGCCCACAAACACGGCAUCCUGUCCCCCAUCAUGGACAACACCUCCGUCAACUGGAGGACGGGGAGUUUCCACGGUUACCGGGGGCGACACAGCAACAGUCGCCACGGGGCAUCAUCGCUAGCCGCCGCCACCGACCAAGCCCCUCCCCCUUCGUCUUCUUCUUCUUCUGACGUCGGCGUCCGGAGCCCCCUCGCCGUGCUGGAUCACCGGCUCAGUAUCUAUGACAACGUGCCCGACGACCAGCAGCUGUCCGAAAGUGAAGGAGGCAGCGGAGGGAGCGGCAGCGAUGCGGAAAGGACCAGUGAGGAGUCAGAGGUGAGUCGGCUGCUGGCGGGUGAAGACGUUUUCUCCGCUCUCGACAGCGUUUUGGAAAGAAUCAACGAUCUCCAACAGCUCGUCACCACCUGGACUGAAAACCUAUCAGAGGACGACUGUCAGAGAGGUUCCUCCGCCUCUUCCUCUUCAUCCUCCGCCUCUUCUUCCUCUUCUUCUUCCUCUUCCUCCUCCUCUCAGGACUCCUCGGCCGCCUCUCCUUGCCCUUCCUCACCGAGUCACAUCCACCUGGAAGUGCAGCAACCUGCGGAGGAGACGGAAGAAGAGGAAGAGGAGGAAGAAGAGGAAGAGGAGGAGGAAGAGGAGGAGAAGGUACCGGUGAAUGGAGAGGAGCCAAAGACCAGAUCACCAGAACAAAGGAGCAGCCGGGUGAGUCAGCAGCUUCACUGGUCCAGCGAGCAGAGUCUUCCCUCCCUUCCUACCAGUCCAGGAGUGGUGGACCAGUCUGUGUCCCAGUUCCUCCUUCUGCAGAAGCUCUCGCUGCUCAAACUCACCGCUCUGAUGGACAAGUACUCUCCAUCCAGCAAGCAGGGAUGGAACUGGACUGUCCCUAAACCGCCGAGGAAGACCAAGGCCACGGAGGUGAAAGGUCGGAGGGUUUUCGGGGUUCCUCUGCUGCUCAGCGUCCAGCAGACAGGCGAGCCGCUUCCUCCCAGCAUCCUCAGAGCCCUGAUCUACCUGAGGACCGAGUGUCUGGACCAGGUGGGUCUUUUCCGUAAGUCGGGGGUAAAGUCUCGUAUCCAGUACCUGCGUGAGCUGGUGGAGUCCGACCCCGACGGAGUCUCGUACGACGGUCAGUCUGCGUUCGACGUGGCUGACAUGGUGAAGCAGUACUUCAGAGACCUGCCUGAACCCGUCUUCACCUGCAAACUCUGUGAAUCCUUCCUCCACAUUUACCAAUAUUUCCCCAAAGAUCAGCAGCUGAUCGCGGCUCAGGCUGCUGUCUUGCUGCUUCCCGACGAGAACCGGGAGGCGCUGCGAACGCUGCUCUUCUUCCUGCGCGACGUGGUGGCCUGCGUGGACGAGAACCAGAUGACUCCCACCAACGUCGCCGUCUGCUUGGCGCCGUCGCUUUUCCACCUCAACACGCUGAAGAGAGACGCCAAUGUACCGAGGUCACACAGGAAGUACAGCCUGGGUCGUCCAGACCAACGAGACCUCAGCGAGAACCUGGCCGCCACUCAGGGCCUGGCUAACAUGAUCAACGAGGCCCAGAGACUGUUUGAGCUUCCAGAGUUUUGGCCCGGCCAGAGUCUGAGUGCUGCAGGCCCGACUGAGGACUCGGUCUCUGAAGAAGGAGGAGGCCCGGUGUCCCCAGAGUCAGAGCGGAGGAGAGGAGGAGCAAGAGGAGAGGAGGCUCAAGCUGCAGCUCAGCACACAGCAGCUCCUGAAGGAAGCCAAGGAGAAGAGCCGAGGCUGGAGAGAGCCACCCGGGCCCCAGAGCACGUAGAGCUGGCCUUCAAGAAGAUGGACGACGGCUGCCCGCUGGGUCGGUCGCAGGAGUGGCACAGCAAAGUGAGCGGACACCUCCUCUCCUCGAGCCUCCUCGCCAUCAAGAACUCCUUCAGAGCGGAGCACAAAGAGACCAAGAUAUGA